GUAUGGGAAGGAUUUCUUGCGGACGAUAUGAAAGCUACUGGCAAAGAAGAGAAGUCAGUUGCAAUUGAGAAGGGUCAUGUUAUGCCAGAUGGUACUCCAUAUAUUACUGUUUUCGCUGAUGGUGGAUGGAAUAAGAGGAUCUAUGGUCAUGGGUAUAAUGCGCCUUCGAAAGUUGGAAAUUUUUUUAUGGGCGAAAGCGGGGCCAUUUUUGGUAUUGCUCUUCAAUAUAUUUUCGGCCAUCACAUAAGGUAG